CGAGGCUUUACUCAAGCACUUUGUGUUUUGAAACCUUUGAUCCUGCCUUCUGGGAGGGACUUGCCAGAUUUUUUUUUUACAAUGAAUACCAAUUGCCCUUUCCUUCCGAGGAGCGGCUGUCGCUGGGAAGGAGCGAUCGGGAAAGUCAAAGGGAGGAAAGGUAAAACAGAAAAACAACAGCCCCAUGCAAGGCCCUCGGUCUGAGGCUGCAAGUUUCAGGCUGUUUUCCAAAUCGACGCCCCCGGGCUGAGAGGGAGCCUAGGAUCUUUUCUCCCUCGACCCCGAAGAGAAGCUAAAACCGGCAUGCGGAAGCCCGCGCCUGCCUGCACUCUUGAGUGAGAAGGAACCCGUCCACUUUCUUAACACUUGCAAGGUCCGGGUAAAGUUAGAGAGUCCAGUGGCUCCUUUAAGACCAACAAAGUGUUAUUCAAGCUGUUUUGUUCUCCUUACUUCUCCAUUCUCCUGCUGUAAGCAAUGCCCAGAGAACAAGGGAAAGAUCUCAAGCCAGAAGGACGCCCAGAGCUGGGUGAAGUGGACGGGAUUCUCCUGCCAAAGACUACCUGCGAUGAAUGGAUCCGGAUCCAGAGCUUCCAAGCAAAACCAGAUGAUUUGCUCAUUUGCACCUACCCUAAAGCAGGUACUACAUGGAUACAAGAGAUAGUGGACAUGAUCCAACAGGAGGGUGACCUGGAGAAAUGUCAGCGGGCCCCCUUGCAUCACCGACACCCAUUCAUCGAGUGGGCACGGCCACCACAACCCUCAGGCGUGGAGCAGGCAAACGUGAUGCCCUCUCCAAGGAUUCUGAAGACCCAUCUUCCCGUGCAGCUCCUCCCACGAUCCUUUUGGGAGCAAAAGUGCAAGUUCCUGUAUGUGGCAAGGAAUGCCAAGGACUGCAUGGUGUCCUAUUUCCACUUCCAAAGGAUGAGCAAGGUGAUCCCUGAUCCUGGAACCUGGCCGGAAUAUUUUGAGACUUUCAUGGCAGGCAAAGUGGGCUGGGGGCCAUGGUAUGAUCAUGUGAAAGGCUGGUGGAAGGCAAAGGAGAGUCACCGUAUGCUUUUCCUCUUCUAUGAAGACAUCAAGAAGAACCCAAAGCGUGAAAUCCAGAGAGUGAUGCAAUUUAUAGGGAAGCAGCUAGAUGAGGCAACCGUAGACAAGAUUGUCCACCACACUUCAUUUGAUGUCAUGAAAGACAACCCAAUGAUUAACCGGGCCGGCGUACCCCUCUCGGUCAUGGACCAGUCUAUUUCUCGCUUCAUGCGGAAAGGAACCGUUGGUGACUGGAAGAACCACUUCACCGUGGCUCAGAAUGAGCGAUUUGAUGAAGACUACCGGAAGAAGAUGGCUGACACCACUCUGACUUUUGCAAUGGAGUUCUGAGGGUCCAAAAUACCACUGCUGGAAGCCCUUUAAGGGGAUCUCCUUUGUGGGCAGGGAUUCUUCUCAUCCAGCAGCCUCAGUUGCUUCGCUCAUUCCAGCUGUUGACAUGAAUCCAGGCAUAUCUAUCAUGACCAAUCAGAAGUCUUUAUCAUGUCAAAUAAUAAUGAAACAAAUUGAUCAUUUUGGAAGUC